AUGGAGUUACAUGAUUCUUCCCAGAGAAAACUCCAGAUGAAUCGAGGCGCAAGACAAAGAGCGAGUAUACACACUGCCAAUACGAUUCAAGAUCAAGAGCAAAAACGAAAAACUGUUUUCAAGGCCGUCUUGGAUUCUCCGUUCACCGUAAAAUGGCCCGAAGUUUCUUUGUUGGAUCAGAGAUUUAUAUUAGAUGAACUCUGCAGAACUUUACUGGCCGUUGGCAAUUAUCGUCGCCAAAUGAAAGAAGCUAAACGUAAUAAGUCUGAGAAAAAAAAAAAUUCAGAGGGCAAAAUAAAACAAGAAUCCGUUAACGACCUUACUGAAGAAAACGUAGUAUCAACCAAACCAAAAAGCAUAGCACAUCAAUUCGGUCUUGUUAUAGGAAUCAAUGAGGUGACAAAACAUGUCGAACAGUCAUAUGAUCAAGAGGUCAUAUCAAAUUUUCAGCAAAGAUGUGCACGAAUUUCUUCUAAUUCUAGUAUGCUGGCUAAAAAUCCAAGUUUUUCGAAAAUGAAAGAACCUUUGCGAAUUAUUUUCGUUUGCAAAGCUGACAUUUCCCCAGCACAUCUGAUUUCGCAUCUUCCUAUUAUGGCAAGUAUUGCUGAUGUAUUAAUUGUUCCGUUACCAAGUGGAUCUUCAAAAGUGAUUUCAAGCCACAUUGGAAUUCCUACAGUGACAGUAUUGGGAAUAAAGAAAAUAUCACCAGAAUUUGAUAAUCUCCAUGUGUUAAUUCGAGAGAAGGUAAUGCCAGUUCAUAUAUCAUGGUUGGUACCUUUAAAAAAUCAGGAAAUUUCAAAGAAAAGGAAAUGUUCAGAUGAAGAAUAUGAUGAACAAGAGGAAACUAUAGCUGGACCGUCAUCGUCUAUUAAAGAACAAGGAUUUAAUAG